AUGCGGUUCCCCUUUGCGUUUUCUCUCGCGGCAUUCUUUGCUUUUCUUUCCACCUCCGCGGCCUCGCAAGUCAUUACCUUGACUGCAGCCAACUUUGACUCCGUAGUCAAGCACGAGCCGCUGAUCAUGGUUGAAUUCAUUGCCUCGUGGUGUCCACAUUGCCAGACGUUGGCUCCCAUUUAUGAGAGAACCGCGACAAACCUCCAAGGCACUGCGAAGUUUGCAAAGAUCGACUGCUCCAAGGCUCCAGAGUCAGAGAUCUGUAAGGCCAGCGGCAUCCAGGGCUAUCCGACACUAUUGAUCUACCGCAACGGCCAGCACACGGAGUACAAGAACCAACGAGACGUCGCAGCAUUGACUGACGCCAUGUUAGCGCACAUUCCAAACCUCAACAACCGCUGUCCCGCCCCUCGAGAAGGCGGGUCCUAG